CGAAAUGUUGUUUUUUUUUUUUUUUAGUGAAAGUAUGUCCCCACGCUGGAGGUGUUGGACUUUGCGAAAUGGUACAGCAUUUGCAGAUGUGGGAUUAUGUCGCCCUUUCUGGAACAUCUGAGGGAAAAUGGGUGGAAUAUGUUGAUCAACAACAUGAACAUUUCGUCUACCCAACCAUCAUCGAAAAUGCACACUACAUGGCGCCUAGGGCUCCUGGAUAUAAUACUGAGAUGAAGAAGGAAGCAUUGGAAGAUUAUGUCUAUCCCCAUGGAAAAGCAUGGGAAGCCAUGUUCGCAAAAGGAAUGUUCAGUGACCCAAGAAAAAAUAAAAAAUGAAGGGAGAAAUUUUUAGCUAAAUGAAGUGACUUCUGUUUUUAGAAGCCAAUAUGUAAUGGCAUUUUACUUCUUCUUAAUAUUAUUGUUAAUAUAGCUCUGAACCUCGUAUGUGAAUUUUAAUGAAUAUUUGUAGAUUUCUCAUGAGCUAAACGAGUAGCAAAUAGCGGUCCUAAAAUUUUGAGACAAUAGAGGAAAAAAUGGUAUAAAAAUAUUGUUCACAAAUAAAGAAUUAUCAAUAA